AAAAAUAGAAAUACUUCAAGUUCUAACUAAUAUGUCUUAAAUUUAGGAUAAAAUGAUUAUAACGAUUUGGUUGAAAAUGGAUUAGUUUGUUGCGAAGUCUAUAAAAGGGCUUUUUGAUGUUCACAUUUCUCAUACAAACUGCCUUAUCCAAAUUGUCAAGUUCCUUAAUCAUGGAUUUGAAGUUGACCCUCUCUUGCAUCCUUCUAUCGUGCUUAUUUCCUUUGAUAAUAGCUGACGAUGUGAAAGUUACAAUUAAAGGAGCAACCCUCAUAGCUAGAACUGAUGAUAAUUUUGUCUGUGCAACAUUAGAUUGGUGGCCCUCUGAAAAAUGUGACUACAAUCAAUGCCCUUGGGGAGAAGCUGGCCUUUUCAACCUAGAUUUAAACAACAAAAUUCUAUCAAGUGCUAUAAAAGCAUUCAAUCCCUUGAGACUUAGAGUUGGAGGCUCAUUACAAGACCAACUGGUGUACAAAGUAGGAAACUCAAUCAAGAAAUGUCCUGCUUUUAAGAAGAGAAAUAAUGGUUUAUUUGGGUUUACUAGAGGGUGCCUCCAGAUGAAGGGAUGGGAUCAACUCAACAACUUGUUUAACCAAACAGAUGCUUUGAUAACAUUUGGGUUGAAUGCCCUUUAUGGAAGGAAAGAGUCUCAAGUUGAGAAGGGUCUUUGGGUGGGCGAUUGGAACUCGCAGAAUGCCUGGGAUCUCAUGGCAUACACUGUCUCAAAAGGAUACAAUAUUGAUUCAUAUGAAUUUGGAAAUGAGCUUUGUGGAUCAGGAAUUGUUGCAAGGGUGGAGGCUGAUCAAUAUGGUAAAGAUUUGAUAGCACUCAAAAAUCUUGUGAAGGAACUCUACCCAAAUGCUAAUACCCAACCAAAGGUUCUUGGUCCUGGUGGCUUUUUCGACCAGAAAUGGUUUGCCAAAUUCCUUGAGGUCACUGGCCCUGGUGUAGUUGACGGACUAACCCACCAUAUCUAUAACCUUGGAGCCGAUUAUUAUAGUGCCCUGCUGUGGCAUCGCCUUAUGGGAAAAAGAGUACUGUCUGCCACCCACCAAGGCUCACCGCAUUUGCGUGUGUAUUCUCAUUGUACAAGGCAAAAGCCGAGCAUUACUCUAGUUCUGAUUAACAUGGCAAGAUCCACGUCAUUCAACAUAACGCUUUUCAACGAUGAAAACCUAUAUUUGGACUCCGUAAAUCAGGAUUCAGCCUCCAACUCAAAUUUCAAGGGUUACCAACCAAGAGAAGAGUACCACUUGACUCCCAAAGAUGGCAACAUUCGCAGUGAUGUGGUUCUACUUAAUGGAACUCCAUUGCAGCUCACAGAAUCGUUGGACAUUCCUGCAAUGAAACCAAAACUAGUGGAUGCUUCUUCUCCACUCACGGUUGCCGCUGAUUCUAUAGUCUUUGUAACAAUCAGAGACUUUCAUGCCUCUACCUGUGCUUAGAACAAUUUAGUUCCCUAUUCUUUUGAGCCCCAAUGCUAGAAUGUUAUGCACGUAUCAAUAUUGUUAAAUGAAACAAACUUUUAUCA